AUGACGCGCAACAAAACAGAAGAGAUAAUGGAAGAAACUAGUUGUGAACCUAUGUAUCAAGGAUAUUUCAUAGGUCAUAACAACGCAGUUACUGCUUUAAACUUUCAUCCAAGUACUGAUCAACUCAUAUCAAGCAGUAUGGACAAAACAGUAAUGUUGUGGCGAUUACAAAAUUUAAAGCCAGCUUACAAGUUUAUAGCCCAUAAAGAUGCUGUCUUGGAUGUGUGCUAUUCACCAAAUGGAGAAGUCAUGGCCAGUGGUUCAAAAGACAGAUCCGUAAGAAUUUGGAUUCCCAAAAUUAAAGGACAUUCAUUUGACUUCAGAGCUCACAGUUCUUCAGUGAGAUCAGUACAAUUUAGUCCAAAUGGAGAAAAGUUAGUUACUGCAUCAAAUGAUAAAAGUGUAAAGCUAUGGAUACCAUAUCAAAAACAAUUUCUCAGAACGUUUAAAGGGCAUACAUUUUGGGUAAGCUGCGUUAAAUUUUCUCCGGAUGGUAAACUUUUGGUAUCAUGUAGUGAUGACAAAACAAUAAAAGUGUGGGACAUUACCAGUGGACAAUGUGUUAAAACUUUUAAUGAGAUAAAAGCUCCUGCUAAAUAUGUGGAGUUUCAUCCAAGCGGCACAACUAUUGGAUCAGCAAAUACGGAUGCAUGUGUCAAAUUGUACGAUUUAAGAACAGAUUCUUUAUGCCAGCAUUAUGCUGUUCAUGCAGGGCCUGUGAAUAUGAUUAAAUUCCAUCCAAAUGGUAAAUUCAUGUUAACAGCAUCUAUGGAUUCUACAAUGAAGAUUUUAGAUAUUCUAGAAGGCCGACCAAUUUAUACUCUCAGAGGACACUGUAGUAGCAUAACAUCCGUAACAUUUUCAAGAGAUGGUACGCUUUUUGCUUCUGGUGGCGUUGAUCGACGAAUUCUAAUAUGGAAAUGUAAUUUAUGUGUGGAUGACCAAAGUAGAGAAAAUCCUACACAAUUAAUGUCGUCUACAACAGCAAACAGGAACUUUAUGACACGAAUCUCUAGCAAACAAAAAUUUGACAACGUAGAAAAAAAAUCGAACAACAGCGGACAAGUACAAAAUAUAUACAAGAAGCAGAAUCAAGAGAAAUAUUUAUUACAUAAAUUGGGCAAAUUACAUCUAAAAUCAUGCAGAAGUCAAGAACUAUCAACGAAAGAUGAAAUCUAAGUCAUUAUGAAUAUUGAACUUUCUGGAAAAGUUUUUUCCCGUUCUGUAAAAACGUGCUAAUUCGACAAAA